AUGUUUUCUUCAGCUAACUAUUUUCGUGAUAUUCCAUGUCCAUUUUUCUCUCGUGUUGCUUGCCCACGUCCUCAUUGUCAUUUUAAACACAUACAAAUAUCAUCACAAUCAAAUGUUAAUACAAACACAUCAUCACCAUCAUCAUCGUUAAUUAAUAUACCACCAGACGCAAAUGAAACACUUAAUAAACUUAUUAAUCAAUUAUCUACAGCAGCAACUGCGAAUACAACAGGAGUACCAACGACAAUAGCAAAUCCAGCACCUUCUAUUAAUUUAACAUCUAUUUUACAAAAUACAUUGUUACAAAGUUUAACAACAGUUUUUGCUAAUGCAUUAAAUUCAACACCACAAUCCACAAUUAAUAAUAAUAAUAAUACUAAUAAUAAUGAAGCAACAGAAAAAUUAACACAAGCAAUAAGUACCAUAGCUACACAAUUAAAUCAACAUCAAACUCAAUCAUCACAAACAACAAAUGCUGCUGAAACAAUUCCUGAAUAUCGACCAACACCAAUUGCUGAACUUGAACGACGAAGACGAAUACAACAACAACCAGUUAAGACAAAUAUAAAAACUGAAGUACUAGAUUUUGAUAAUGAUGAAUAUGUUCAAGCAACAUUUUCUCCACCAUCAAGUUCAUCACCUCCAUCAUCUCUUGAUCAACCCAAACUGACCGAAGUAAUAAAUCCAAAAGUUUCGACUGCUCCGAAACCCACUCAAGCAGUUUUGUCACAAACUAUUCCAAAACAAGCUCAAUCAUCUAUUGUUGAUGAUAAUCAUUCAUGGAUAACACCACCAAUGCGUCGAAAAUUAUCAUCAUCAUCUGAUCAUAAUGAUUUAGAUGAACGAAAACCUUUAUUAAUCAAAAAAGUCACAUCAUCAGAAACGAUUCAACCACCUAAGAAAAUACUCAACAAACCAACAGCAACAGUAAAACCAAAUAUUAUAGGAACUACUAACAAAAUUAUUCCACCUACUAAUCCAAUGCUUAAACGAAUUCCAAAAAAGACAACACCAACAAAAGUACGUAUAAUGGAUAUUGAUUUAGAUAAAGUUCCUGUUACAUCAACAAUACCACUUGAUACUGAUACAAUUGAAAAUAAAAGAAUAACUUCAACAUCACUUAAACGUUCAUCAAAUAGUACAAAUGAAAUACCUCAAAAGAAAGCGAAAAUAAUUUCAACAACAAAACCAACUAUAUCAACUACUGUUGGACAUGAUAUGAAGAAGAAAAUUUCUGUUACGAAUGGAAUCAAUAAAAGUCAGAUUAAUGAUGAAGACGAUGAAUUAGCUCUAUUCGAUCAUGCUUUUUCAUCUUCCAAACAAACAGAAACAUCAAUCUCGUCCAAAAAAGUAACUUUAGCUAUACCACCAACUUCUAUUCAACAAUUUACUUCACGUUAUUCAUCAUUAACAAAUAUUCAAAAUGAUUCCAAUUCAUCAGUUUCAACUAAUCAUACUCGAGCAGAAACUUCUACUGAUGGUCGUCGUAUUGCUCAUCAACCAAAAGUUCAUCCAACUGCAAAUAAUUCUUCAUUUACACCUUUAUUACAACCGUUAGUCGAUCCAAAUUCAAGUUUAAAUAAAAUUCCAUUUAAAACUCGACAAGAAUAUUUAACAUUUUUCUUAAAUGAACUUAAAAAUCGACCAACUACUACGAAUGAUUUAACAACUCCAACAACACCAGUUUAUUCACGUGCACAAACAAUUGAAAAAGAAAUUUUUGAUAAAUCAACAAAUAAAAAUUCAUAUUUAAAUUUAGCUGCGAAACAUUUAAGACAAUUAAGAUCCGGAGAAACAAAUACUAAAACUAAAAAUGAGCAAAUCUCAUCCAAAAAACCAAAUGUACAACGACUUGUUGUUUCACAUUCAGCUAUGCUUACUAGUGGUAAAACAGAUAAUCUUAGUUUUGGAAUUAAAAAACACAAAGAAAUUGAUAUUAAAACAUUAACAGACAAUGAACUUUAUACACUAUUACUCGUCUAUAAAACAUCGGAAAGAGAUCUAAUAGAGAAUGGUUAUCCAGCAUUUUCACUUGAUUUUCCUGAUAAAGUUUUAAUUAAAAAUAAAAAUCCGAUUUAUAAUUCAACAAAUAAAAAUUAUUCGUCUGAUCCAAAUAUUCGUUUGUGUUGUCGAUGUAGUAAAACUUAUAGAAUUGAUAAAAACGAAGAAUAUGUAAAACAAGAAGAUUGCAUUUAUCAUUGGGGACGCAUGCGAACACAACGAAUUGCUGGACAAAUUGAAAAAAUUUAUUCAUGCUGUUCUGCCAAAAUAAAUGCAGUUGGUUGUGCUGUUGCAAAAUAUCAUGUACAUGAAGGUGAUGAUACGCAAUUAUUAUCAGGUUAUGUUAAAACUCAACCUCUUCGAAAACAAUUAGGUGCUAAUGAAUGUUAUGGCAUUUAUGCGCUUGAUUGUGAAAUGUGUUAUACAAUCAAUGGUCUUGAACUUGUUCGUGUUAGUGUUGUUGAUCAUAAAUUACGACCAAUAUAUGAAACUUUAGUUAAACCUCAUCAUAAGGUACUUGAUUAUAAUACUCGUUGGUCAGGAAUAACUGAAAAUCAAUUAAAAGCUUGUAAUGUAACAAUAGAAGAUGUACAAAGACAUUUAUUAAAAUUAUUUAAUGAUAAAUCAAUUCUUAUUGGUCAUUCAUUGGAAAGUGAUUUAAAAGCAUUGAAAAUUGUACAUGAAACUGUUGUUGAUUCAUCUCUAGUUUUUCCACAUGCAAAAGGAAAACCAUUUAAACGUGCAUUGAAAACAUUAAUGGCAGAAUUUUUAACGAAAAUUAUUCAAGAAAAUGCCGACGGACAUGAUUCAAUGGAAGAUGCUAUAUCAUGUAUGGAACUUAUGUUAUGGAAAGUAAAACAAGAUCUUAAAAGUGGUUCAUCGAAUCAUUAA